AAACCACAGUUUUCAAUCCCUGGCGCGCUGAAGAGUGGAGUAGAGAGACCCAAUUCCCUCCUCAUUCUGAGAGAGCCACUUCACAUUUUCAAAAAUUCCUGCAGAAAUGCCCGUACGCCGUCUCAGACUCGAUUCCGACACCGACGAAGAAGAACAACACCCACCCCAAUCCCAACCCCUACCACGGCCACAGCCACAGCCGCAGCCACAUUUUCCGGAGGUUCCCGUUGAAAUCUCCGACGACGACUUCAUCGACGUCGCUGAAAGCCUCUCUCCGCCCUCCCCUUCCUGUCCAGUCUUUGACUUCCUCCGCCGCCUCGGUCUGUCUCUCAAGAGAGGCUGGCUCGCUUCCUGUCUCCGCCAACUCCAAGUCUCUGUUACGUCCUUCGAACACCUCGACGUUGCCGCGAAAGCCAAACUUUGUUUGGAGCAGUUCCUUUUCGCCGACAUGAAUUUAUGUGGCGCCGGCGUUCUCCCUCUUGGCGUCGAUUCCAUGCACCUUCGCGUUCUCCCUGGUCCCUACGUUUUGCAGGUUGAUGAAAUAAUUAAUAUCACUUGUCCCCUACGAGGAAGAUACGAACAAGCACCUCCUGGACCUAAGAGGUGCCUCAAGUUGUCAAUGACUGACGGUGUUCAGAGAGUCUUUGGAAUGGAGUAUAGACCUAUCAAAGCGCUUGAAGUUUGUGCCCCUUCUGGUUUAAAGGUUGCUAUCUCUAAUGUACAUGUGCGUCGUGGACUUCUAAUGUUGGUCCCUGAAACCAUUGAAGUUUUGGGGGGAUUGGUUGAGGAGCUGGAUGCUGCUCGAAAACGACUGGUUGAAGAAAUAAACAAGCCACCUAGGGGGAAAAGAAACAAAAAUGGAGAGCUCCCUCCUUUAGCUACUAGAGCAACACUUGCUGCGUGGCCUCCAGGUGGGGUUGAUAAUCGUGCGUGCAAUGGCUCCACACUGCACAGUACUGUUUCUUUCCAAGAAAACAACCAAGGUGCUGGCCGAAGCAUACCUGGCACUAUUAACAGCUUAACAACUGAAGAUACUUUGUCCAUGGGUGCACACAGUGCUCCUGCUAAUUCAAUACACCGCAUGUCAUCACAUUCCAUGGGUGCACACAGUGCUUUAACUACAGGUGCUGGCCGAAGCAUACCUAGCACUGUUAACAGCUUAACAACUGAAGAUACUUUAUCCACGGAUGCACACAGUCCUCCUGCUAAUUCAAUACACGGCAUGUCAUCACGUUCCAACGCCAUGAAUAUGGAUACGCCUAGGGAUACCAAUCCUGUAUCCCAUGCUAGUCCUAUGUCUAACCGGCUCUCUUCUGUAAUCUCAAAGGCCAAGGAGAUGCACAUAGAUGCUUCUAAUGCAAGGGAAUGUUCUAUUGACAAUCAGUCUUCUAACAUGGAUUCAAAUGUUGCAGCUGCACAUAUUGACACAGUUAAUAUAACACCAGAAAAUUCUGUUGGUAUUGAGUGCUCUCCUGUUGUUUACAAUGUUGAGACAGAUACAGAUGGAACUCCUGUUGCUACAGAUACUAUUCUGCAUAGAACCACAUGCACUGCUUUAAAUACUAGCGAUGUCCAGAUGGUCGAUGCCCUUAACCAUCCACUCAUACUGUCUAGAGACCAAGAGGUUCCUUUCACAUACAUAGCUAGUUUGUCAGUCAAGUGGGCUAAAAUGAAGGAGGAAGCUCCUUCCGUUCAGGGGAAAAUCAAGUGCUUUUUGACUGGUGUAAAAGGAUUCCAGUUUAAGAAAAGGACAACAUAUGAACUUCAGGCGUAUGUAGACGAUGGUAGCCUUAUUUCUGAAAUCCUUGUCGAUCAUAAUGUUGUAGAGAAAGGAAUUGGUUAUUCUCCUGAGGAGGUAACUGCAGCUCUUUCUUCCCCUGACACAAAGAUUGUCCACCAAAUGAAAGAUACAAUGCGUAAAUUUCAAGCAUUUUUAGCAAACUUUGAGGGAAUAAUUCUUGUGGAGUUCAAUAAAAAAAACCCCCUUCCACUUGCUCUAGAGAUGAGUCAAGGUUGUCCUCAGUCUGAUGCAUGGUUACUUCUGAGAAGGCUGAAGUCUCUUCAACCUCCACUAGUUCAAAACCCUACGGAUCCGAUUGAAUUAUCCCCGUAAUUAUGUGAAUGACUUGCAUUUUAUAAUUUAGCCUGGACAAAGUUGUGCUCAAAAUGAUUACACCACCAAGCAAAUAAAAUGUAAUCAUUGCAGACCUUAAUAUCAUGAUGAAUGUAGUACCAUUCAGCACACUCCACCAUAAUACUCGAGUUCCGAGACCCUGCAUAACUAAGAUGGACAUAGAAGAAUGACGAUGUGAGAGAGCAUUUGUUGCUGAACCAACCUGUAUUCUGGUAUUGUGACUGGAAGGUUGAAUUUUUAUCCAUGAAUUUUAGAUGUAAGAAAUGCAGGUAAUAUUAGCCAGGGGAAAAGUCGGUGUUCAUUUUCGUCAAAUCGGGGCAGGUGGAUCUAACAUGGCUUUGGGGGAAAGAGGAAAGAAUCAAGAUUAUAAUGUUAUUAAAGGUUGCCUGGUAUUUAAACCACUGGUGAAGCACGGAUUGGCUUUAUAUAUUUUCAUUGUUCUUGGUGUAAAGGUGUUCCCAUUGGAGGUUUAUUUGUUGGAUGAUAUUGUCUAUAUCUACAACCUAAGGAUGUAUUGCAAUUCAUGAAUGGCCAUGUGAUUUGUUCUUGUAAUUUGAAAUGUAACUUCUGUAGUGGAUUUUAGCUUUGCUACACGUAAUCUUAAGUAGUUUUUGUAAAGUUUGCUCUGGCAUUUUCAUCAUCAAUGUACCUCCGACAUUAUAAUGAUUAAAACAGUCACAAAUGUACAUGUUUG